CUAAUUCUGCUUCUCUUUUAUUUUGACAAUCUGUUUUUUUUUCUUUUAGGAAAAUCAUGUUGCAUUUGGCUGGAGUGUUGGGAGAGUGGAAGAUGAAUAAAGGAUCAUGGAAAUUCAUGGUGAAUACAACAGCAGGAGGUAAAUUAUUUACCUUUAGGAAAGGUUUGAAGUUUGAUGAUAUGGUUCAGAUGGUACACGAAGAUUUUGGUAUAAGUAGGUUGGGUAAUGAGUUAGAGCUUAGCUAUGCACUACCGGAAUCAAUGCUUCGAGAUAUGCCUAAGGAUACGCCUCCUGUUUUUGUGAACAAUGAUAGGCAAUUGGAUUCUAUGUGUGAAAUGUCUAAAUCCAUGCCUCUGCGUCUUUGCGUCUCAGUGAAGAAUGGAAACGUAGGGAACCAUGAUCAAGGUUUCAAUCGUGAAGAUACUGCCAUUUAUGGAAAAGGCCAUGGAAAGAAGAAGAAGAAUGUUGAUAGACAGGAUAGUAAUCAAGAACCAGAAGUGGAAGUUUCUAAUUUUCAUGAUGCAAAGGUCAUUGAAAAGGGUCAAUGGUUCAAGAAUAAAUCAGAGCUGUCUUGGAGUAUACGGAUGCUUUCAAUCGAACGCAAGUUCAGAAUUGUUGUCAGCAAGUCAGACAAGAAGUUGUUAGUUGUCAAAUGUGCAGAUACAAGCUGCAGCUGGAUGGUUAGAGCUGCCAAGACUAAUCCGACUUGCGAGUUUUUCUGGGUAACAAAGUACAUCGACAAGCAUACAUGUUUUUCAAGAAACAUUGCUGGACCGAGAGCUUCUUCCAAAGUUAUAAGUAAGCUUCUUCUGGAAAACUUUGGAAACUCAGGUCUAAAUAUGAAACCAGAGUUGAUUUCAAGUACUAUGAAAAAGAGAUAUGGUCUUGAUUCAAAGUAUUGGAAGAUAUGGAAAGCUAGAGAAGAAGCUCGGAAGGAGGUAUUAGGUUCUCCAGAAGAUAGCUACGCGCAGCUUCCAGUCUACAUGCAUAAGCUUGUUAUAGCUAAUCCAGGUACAAUUGCAUGCCUUGAGGUUGAUGCUCUGCAUAGGUUCAAGUACUUGUUUUUCUCGUUUGCUGCUUGCGCCAAGGGUUAUAAAUACAUGAGGAAAGUUGUUGUUGUUGAUGGCACCUUCUUGAAAGGGAAAUAUAAGGGAGUUUGUUAGUUGCAACAGCUCAGGAUGGUGAUUCUCAUGUGUAUCCUCUUGCAUUUGGAAUAGUAGAUGCUGAGAAUGAAGCAUCUUGGGAGUGGUUUUUCAACAGAUUGACAUCUAUAGUAUCUGAUGAUCCUAGUUUAGUAGUGAUAUCUGACAGAUGCGCAUCCAUUGCAAAAGCAGUUGCAAAAGUGUAUCCAUUGGCUCAACGUGGAAUAUGCACCUAUCAUCUACGCAAGAAUGUCAUCUCUCAGCCUGGAGGAAGAAAGAUUUCUCGCCUUGUUAAGACAGCCAUCAAAGCUUAAACAACUGCAGAAUUCGACCAGAUUUUCAGCGAAAUACGACGUCAGAAUCAUGAGUUGGGCGUUUAUCUAGAGGAAGCAGAUGUGAACCUUUGGUCACGUGCUUAUUUUGCUGGAGACAAAUAUGACAUCACUACAAGCAACGCAGCAGAGUCAAUAAAUGCAGUGUUUAAGAAACCACGUGAGCUACCCACUGUGUCGUUGAUUGAAGCAAUAAGGAAUAGACUUACACGGUGGUUUUUCGACCGUCGAGAAAGUGCUGCGAUGCUCAAAUCUUCUCUCACGCCUAAGGUUGAAAAGAAGCUCAAUAAAAGGUGUGAUUUGGCGUCUACUUUUGAUGGGCAGUCUAUAAAUCAGGAUGAGUUUCAGGUAACUGAUGGGUCAAGAAAUUACUUGGUUGAUCUUCAACAAAUGACUUGCACAUGUAAUGUGUUUAAUGUUGACAAGAUCCCUUGUAAGCAUGCUGCUAAGGCUGCAACAAGUCGAGGCUUGAACCCUGGGUUAUUUGUGCAUCAGUACUACUCAAAGGCAAACAUGUGUGCUGCAUAUUCAGAGAAAGAUAUGAAUGUUUUGGAGAACAAGCAACAGCUCGAAAAAAGCACGGAAACAAGCUUGCUCAAGAUGUCAUCGUACAGGACACAAUCGUGCCCGUUGCGACUUUGGAAUUUGACAUUUUAUGUUCUAAACUUAUUUCUGUUUUAAAUGCUUUUUCUGCAAAUUUUGGUUUUGUUUACUCUAGAUUUUGAUAACUAUUUUAGUUUUUAUUUUGCAAUAAGGUUGAUUAUUUUGAACUGAUGUCGUUUGUUUGCAUUGAGAAGGCACUUGAACUGCACUAUGUUUGUUUGUGAAACUAAGUAUGUGAAACCAAGAAUAAGAUUCUAUCCCUCUCUCGAAGCCAUCUCCAAUAUUAUCACGGUCAAUGAUCUUUAAUAUCAAUCCUCUGUUUCUCUGUCCACAAGAGUUUUCCCCAAAACAGAUAACUUGACAAGCAAGUAACUAGGGUAGUGUCUUUGUCCCAAGCAGAAAGCUAACCAAUAUCGCUUCUCUCCUCUCGAUCCGAACACUCCGAGCACAAGCUUACACGACCAUGAACAAGCCCAUGGUGCUCUAACUAAGUGCUCUGUGUAUUGUUUCUCUUGCACGUUUAUGGCCAAAAUUUUUAUAAAGUAUUACUCAUCUUCUGUUUGUUUCUUCCUAUGGUAGAGUAAAACGUAUUGCAACAUGUAUAAAUUUUUACACCUAUGACGAAGGAAUCUCUUCCCACUAUCUUUGACUUUUGCGUUUACCUCCCACUAUGAGAAUAGAACCGUGAGUGCAUCAAUUAUCAAAUAAAGUUUUGAAACUACGUUCGGUUAUAAAAGCCAAGAAAGAAGCACGUAUUGUCAUGAGUUCAAUAAAAAACACAUAUGCUAUUAAAUAGAAAUGCAAACUGAAAACUUUAGUAAAAUCAUCUAAAAAAUGUGAAAGACAAAGUGAAAAACAGAAAAAGCACGUCCUAAACUUUUAAAACCAAACAAAGGUAAUUCUUCUAAAAAUCAUCAAAAUGAUUUCCUUCAGCAAACAUAUCAGCUGCAAGCUUUUUCCGGAUAAAUUUGAUGUUAGCAUCACACAGUCCAACUUCCAUAUCUGUGUAUAAUGCAAGACAUUCGAUAUAUUUGAUAGCAUAGACACCACAAUCACCAGAUUGUAUGUUCUGUGGAAUCUUCUUACACCUUAUAAUUGUGUACUCAGCAUCACUUAAACCCUUUUGGUCAGCUGGGGAAGCCAAUGAUCUGAUAAGAUGUGGAAUCAUCAUUGCAAAUGGUUUCACAAACUCGGUUAUCUCGUCAUCUCCAGAGAGCAUCCAACUAUUGUCGUACACUUCAACGGUACGUUGAAGAAUUGAUAUAGCCAAAGCAAUCCAGUGGACAUUCUUAAUGUUUAACACCACAUACGCGUCAUCGACGUCAACACCAAGUCUCUUAUGUGUUCUUUCACAUUUAGGUAGAAUACCAUUGUAGUAACUGAUAAACUCAGAGCUCCACUCAAAGUUCUUUGGAUCUUCCAAAAACUUUUGAUAGCUCCUGCAAAUCAGCAAUGUAAAUGGUACAUCCAGAAAUGCCAAUUUAUUACUCUGAAAGGGACAUGAUUUUUCUCCUAACUUUCUUCUCAAAAGAGACAUACCAACGUCAAUAUGCUGCAUCAAACAAAUAUAAUUUAGUAGAUGUACACUGAAUGUUUUCGAUUAUAAGAACAUUUAUAAUAUACUUACUUCUUCACUUAACCAAACCUUUGGUUCAAUAAGCUCAGCAAAAAAAAAUUUGUCUGCCUUUAUGAUGCCCAAAUUAAUUGUUAUAUCUCUGCAAUUCACAAUGUAAAUGAUAAUAUAUAUAUUACUAAUAAAUCACUAAAUAUUUUUUUGAAAAUACUAACCUGUCUAUCUUCAUCCAUGAAUCUAACCACGCAUCUUUACCAUGAUCCACCACAGCAAAUGGAUCAUAAGAUUUCACAACUUGCUUACGUCUUUCCGUUCCUCCACUAGUAUCCAGUAACAUAGCAAACUUCUUUAUUUUUUUAUCUAAUGUCUUCAUUUCAUUUGUCUUUAAUGGUGUUAUACUCAAUAUUUCGACCGAGGAAUCUGUAGACUCUGUUGCAUUCAAAGUGGUCUUCGGGUCGUUUUUCAUUGUCUGCAAAAAAAAAGAUUACAAUCACCAUAACUUCACAAUAAUAAUAUUUCAAAGAUAAUAAUUUUGCUUACCUUUUUCAAACUUUCGAAGUUUUUGUCAAGAUGAUUUAACUUAGCUUUUAGGCUAGAAAUUUCUGAACUAAGCUUUGUGAAUCCACUGUUCAGAAUUUCUUCCAACUCUUUCAUAUACACAUGAAAGUAAUCUUUCGAUAAGACUUCAAUGCAAGCAACACCAUUUGUUUUCUGUGACUUUAAACGGUUGGUAUGUGUUUGUUCUUCCUCUGCCUUUCUUUUUCCAUUACUUCCUUUUUGAAUCUUGUACUCCAUCUCUAUAUAAACAACAUAAAUUAAAAAAUUUGUAAGAUACACGAAUCAAAUCAUUGGCUCAAACAGAUUUAUUGGAUUUUCAUGACACGUGAAAAAAAGAAGAACAACGUGAAGACGUUAGUUUAUCAGUGUAAUUUUUUUUCAUAUUCAAAAGCAAAAAUAAAAAUAAACACAUAUCUGAAUACAUCAUAUUAGCUAGAACUUACUUGGCUCAGGUAGAGAAGAUGGAAAUAUUGUAGAUACAAACGUAACUUGCUUUUCUUUUUCAAAGACGUGACUUGUUUAUAUAAGUUGAAAAAAAUAAAAUAAAGUGAAAUCUGUAUAAACUUCAUGAUAAAGUCAAAACAUAA